GACCCUGCUUGGGCAGAAAGAAGCAUAAUUUUGUACCUGCCCCGCUUGCCCAAGAAAACUGGAAGUAUCUGCUGGUACUGGGGGUUAAUCGUAUGGUGUGGACCGGGCCAAAGGGUUCACGACUCAACCGAAGGCUGUAGCUCGCGUUUUGCAUCAUGGAGAAGCAACUGCAUUUGAGUAUGCUAGCAUCGAGACCUCCAGUGCCGGGAGGUUUGCAGUCUGGUUCCAAAAUGCGAAUGGGUCCUGGCCGGAAACGAGACUUCAGCCCGUUGCCGUGGAGCCAGUACUUUGAGGUCAUGGAGGACGUGGAGGUGGACAAUGAGAACUGCAAAGACACGUUCCGUAUCUACAGCAGUGGCUCUGAGGGUCCUGUGCUGCUGCUGCUUCAUGGGGGUGGACACUCUGCCCUGUCCUGGGCUGUCUUCACCGCGGUCAUCUGCAGCAGGAUCCACUGUCGGGUGGUUGCUAUGGAUCUCCGGGCACACGGUGACACAAAAGUGAAAAACUCAGAUGAUCUUUCUGCGGAGACAAUGGCCAAGGAUGUUGGUAAAGUCGUGGAAGCACUUUAUGGGGAAACUCCGCCACCUAUCAUGAUGAUUGGCCACAGUAUGGGCGGAGCUAUAGCGGUUCACACAGCGGCAGCCAAUCACGUGCCAUCGCUGCUAGGCCUCUGUGUCAUCGACGUGGUGGAAGGGACAGCCAUGGAUGCCUUGAACAGUAUGCAGAACUUCCUGAGGAGUCGACCAAAGACCUUUAAGUCUGUGGAGAACGCCAUCGAGUGGAGUGUGAAGAGUGGACAGAUCAGGAACAUGGAGUCUGCGCGCGUCUCGAUGGCGGGACAGGUGAAGAAGUGUGAGGAGCCCUUGAGUAGCCCAGGUGUGUCUAAGAGCAUCACUGAGGGGAUCAUUGAGGAAGAGGAGGAGGAGGAGGAAGAGGGGGAGUCCAACCACAAGAGAAAGAAGGAGGAGGACCAGGAGGUGAAGAAGGAGUGCCUGUACACCUGGCGUAUAGAGCUAGCGAAGACUGAGAAGUACUGGGAGGGCUGGUUCCGCGGCCUGUCCUCUCUCUUCCUCACCUGCUCCGUGCCAAAACUCCUACUGCUUGCUGGUGUUGACCGGCUGGAUAAAGAUCUCACAAUCGGACAGAUGCAAGGGAAGUUCCAGAUGCAGGUCCUUCCCCAGUGUGGACAUGCGGUACACGAGGACGCCCCCGACAAAGUAGCUGACGCACUCGCUACCUUCAUGGUGCGGCACAAAUUCACAGCACUCAAGGAGGGCUUCCCAUGAUGAGCCCUGUGUGGGGUCUGGUCCAUUGUUGCUCUGGAGCUGCCUGACGCACUGAGGCCCUCAAACGUCAUUCUCCAUUUUGGCCAGCAGGGGGCACCAGAGCUGCUCCACACGACUGGACCCCUCCGCUGCAAACCCCUCUCAGCGCUUCAUCCUUAAAUUAAACGUUUUUAAGAGUUUUUAUUCUGAGGAACUUCUUUAAAUUAUCGCCAUUGUCAAGUGUUAUUGUUUUUCUUUUUCUUUUCAGACUGAACAGAUCUACAGAUAAACUAUCACUAUGCCUCGUGUUGAAAUCACAGGGAUUUGUUUUGGUUUUGUUUUUUUUUUUAUUUUGUUUUAUUUUGCUACUUUGUUUCUCCCUGGGUCUUAGUUUUUGUAUGUCCUGCGAUGCCUUGUCUGCGUCGUGUUCAGUUUGGGGUGAUGGCAUAAUAUUGUGCUUUAUGUGUUGCCCAUGAAUGGUUUUGAUGAAAACAAUAAAUAUGAACUAUAAUAGGAAA